GACCGCAGAGGCCUUUGACGCUCCGGUGAUGGCGGUCUGCUGUGGUGAACCAGCAAAUUAUUGAAGAGUUCUUUCCUUUUCAUCGUGUUACCGAAGGAGACCCCUGAUGGAAGUCUAAAGAGCCAGCACAAAGCUAAACUGACCGCUGUGGGCCAGUUGAAUUCAAAAUGAAUAACCUGAAGGAAGUGACCAAUAGAACUCACCAGAUUGAGAAACUUAUUUCAGGAAACAAUAUCCAAGACAUCAAACACCUUUUGAAUGAGUUUGAGGAUAUUUCAGUUACCCCUAAAAUUCUACAGGAGACUGAUCUUGUGAAAGCUGUAUAUCGAGUUCUAAAGACUUGCCCAGAUGCUAGUGUCAGGGGGAAGGCACGGAACCUGCUCUCUGCAUGGAAGAAGUUAUACAAAAGCUCUACUUUCCAGGAAAAAUGUCAGGAAGACAAAGCUGGUAUGGAGAAGAUGGAGCUGUCAAAUGAAAUUUGUCAAGAAAAAGUAAAAUUUGAAAGUGAGAUUAAUCAAACUGAUUUUGCAGAGGUUACCACUACACAACUAACAGAAGAUACUCAAAUAACCACAGGAGCUGAUGUCAUCCACAAACUCCUCACAGAUGAAAAAGCACACAACGAAAAGGAAUUUUCAGUAGGAAGUUCCAAGGGGUUGGACUUGGAUUCAGCUACUAAAAAAGCAUCUGAAUUAAAUACUGAAACUGUCCGGUCCAAGUGUGUAGAACUACUUUUCCAAGCUUUAACUGGCUCUGAGACAGCUGAUGAGACAAGGAUUGAAGUGUGGCAGAGAAUUGCCAAAGAAAUUGAGCAAUCCAUAUAUGCUAUUCAUCUUAAAAAUAUUAAGAAGUACAAAGCUUGUGUUCGAAGUAAGAUUUCAAAUUUAAAGAACCCUAAGAAUCCCCAUUUAAGACAGAAAAUAGUGUUGGGACAAAUAACUCCACAAACGUUUGCUGCGAUGUCAGUAAUGGACAUGGCAAGUGAGGAGUUGAAACAUCUAAGAACAUUGUACACCACCUCUGGGCUUAAGGACCAUCAGCUACCUCAUAAUCUAGAAGGUAUCAAGACAAACAAAAUCAGAUGUAAACGUUGUGAAAAAUUUAACUGCACAGUGACAGCAAUUACCAGAGGCACACUUUUUAUUCCAGGUUGGGUGCGAAAUGGAAAUCCUGACGAACAGAUGAUGACUUUUGUCAUUUGCAAUGAAUGUGGAGAAAAAUGGUAUAACAGUGGCUGGAUUUCUGUUUAGAUUUAAUAAAGGAACACGUAGGUUUAAUUCAUUAGUUUUCUACAUCACAAGGGGUGGCACAGCCGCAUAGCAGUUAGUGUAAUGCUAUUACAGCACCAGCAAUCCAGGUUCAAUUCUGCCACUGUCUGUAUGGAGUUUGUAUACUCUCCCUAUGACCACACGAGUUUCCUCUGAACGAUCUGGUUUCCUCCCACAUUCCAAAGAUGUACAAGUUAGGGUUAGUGCGUUGCAUGCUAUGUUGGUACAUGGAGACACUUGCGGGCUGCCAUGAGCAUAUCUUCAGACUGUUGGUUGUUCAUGCUGAAGUCCCACACCACCAGGUUCAAGAACAGCUCCCUCCCUUCAGCCAUUCUUAAGCCAACUAACACAAAGGAGGAUGAAUAUCUUUAGCCAGAAGGUAGUGUAUCUGUGGAACUCAUUGCCACAGACAGCUGUGGAGGUCAUGUCAUUAGGGUAUAUUUAAAGUGGAGGUUCAUAAUUAGUAAGUAUGUCAAAGGUUACAGGGAAGGUAGGAGCUGGUUGAGAAAGAUGAUAAAUCAGUCAUCAUGAACUGGUAGAGCGGACUGAAUGGGCCAAGUGGCCUAAGUCUGCUCCUAUGUCUUUUGGUCUUAUGGAUAAAACACAGUUCUAUGGAAACACCUGCCAUUUACAUUUAGAUGAUUGGUUCACUAUUAAUAGACAAAACUGUAUUUUAGGACCUGCAGUUUGGAAUGAGUACAGCAAAUUCUUAAAAUUGCACCUCAACUAUUUGAGGUAGGUACACUAAAUGUGUGGAAGUUAGUGUAUUAAUGUUUAUUAAUAAUAUAAAGAAGGAUGUAAACCUAAGCUCUGAAACAACAUCAAACAAGCUGCAAAAACCUGUAAGUAGCUUAAGUGAGAAGGAAAAACAUGAUAGAUGAAAUAAUGUAUAAAGAAAUAUGUGGAUAUCCACUUUAUUAGGAAAAAUUACAAAGCAAGUUUUUUUAUUGUAUGUCAGAAUUUAUUUCCUAAAUAUUUGCAUGAAGCCAAUAAUCACGAGGGCUGAGUAUUAAAACACUUCAGAUGAUGUACUAAUCCUUAAAAUUGCUAUUUGAUUUCCCAAAGAUUUAAUUCCCUCACAUUUCCUGUUUCAAAAUAUGUCAUUUAAUAUAUUACUGUCUCCUGUUUUUAAAUGACAUUCAAAAAUAUGCUAAUAUGAACGUUGGACCUGGGACCUAUUAUGUUCAGAUGAUUGCAAAUAGUUCUUCUAAAUUACAGUAUUCAGGGGUAAACAAGUAGUUACCAUGACAAAUAAGGUCAGCUUGGUUUUGUAAAGUGCUUAUCACAGAGUCAUAGAGCUCUACAGCACAGCAGCAGAUCCUUCAGCCUAUCUACUCCAUGCCAGUCUUGUCCUCAGUCUAGACCCAUCUAACUGUACCUGAACUGUAGUACUUAAUAAUUUUCUCAUACAUGUAUCUAUCCAAACCUCUCAAAUGUUACAAUUGAACUCAUAUUUAGCUUGUGUGCUGGCAACUCAUUCCACCCUCACACCACCCUCUGAGUAAAUAAGUUACUCCUUAGAUUCCCCUUAAAUAUUUCACUUUCACACUAAACCUAUGACCUCUAGUUCUAGUUCACCUACACUCAACAGAAAAAGCUUGCGUGCCUUCAUCCUGUCUGUAUUCCUCAGUAUCAUUUUUCCCCAUUCUUCCACAUUCCAGUGAAUACAGUCCUGACCUGUUCAACCUUUUCCUAUAACUCAGGUCCUCGAAUCUCAGCAACAUCCUUGUAAAUAUUUUCUGCACUCUCUCAGUCUUAUUGAUAUCUUUCUUUUAGUUAGGUGACCAGAACAGCACGCAAUAGCUCAAAUUCGGCCUCACCAAAGUUUUAUACACUUCAACAUAACAUCCUAUUUCCUGUACUCAGUGCCCUGAUUUAUGAAGGCCAAUGUGCCAAAAUCUUUACAACCCUGUCUUCCUUUGAUGCAUCUUUCAAGGAAAUAUGGAUCUGUAUUCCUGGUCCCUUUUGUUCUACCAUGCACCUUAGUGUCCUCGGUGAAUGUCUUGUAAAGGAAGUUGAGGGCAAUUUAAACCAGAAUGUUAUAUCAUGCCUUCCAAUAAUCAGUUCAAAACUGAAAUUCAUGCUGCAAAUCAUUUAUAUUUCUAAAAUAAACAAACUGCACAUAUGUGGAUAAUAUCCUUUAACUUCUGGAUGACAAAGAUAGUUAAAAUUUAGGUACCCAUGAAGCAAAUUUGACUACGACUGUGUUAGAAUGAAAAGCAUCAAGACUAUUUGGGUUAAAUGUCUAUGCCACACUAGGAUAUCUUGCUCUGAAAUCAGGAUUAGAGUGAGAAUGAUAUUCAUCAAUCUACUUGAAUGGAGCAUAAUAUGGAACCAGCUGAAAAUAGGUUCAGCUAAAAUAAUGGGAUGGGCAUUUAAGUACAGAUAGCAGGGCUGUAGCUAACAUUGGAGUAACGUGAUGGCCUCCAUCAGAGUUGACUAUGGUUAUUGUGUCCUAGUUGUCUAAACAUAUAAGCCUGGGCGGUAUGGUAUGGAGAGCAAGCUAUUGCCGAUGUAGCAAGCUCCCCCUCGCCAUGAAUCUGUUGAACCCAAAGGAGCAGCAGAGACCGAUAACAGUUUAGGUGCUAGCUGCAUCACAGGAGUUACCAGUCAGCACUGAACAUAAUGUAGGACUGCCUUAGGGACUCCAGCUCCAGACUUUUCCUUGGGGUGUACUCCCAAAACCUUCCACAUGAAUGGGUACAGCCACAAAGCAGUGGAGGUUUACUUUUCCUUUUAGAUGAACUGCUAACCACGGCUGAUGAGCCCCCUCUGCCCAAAAUGACUGGUUUUAAGGCACCAGUAAACCACCUUUGCCCCUUCUCCUGUCAAUAGAAAUGGUUCUGCCGGGCUUAGUAGCUAAGCCACGUGUAAAGGCCAGGAGCUGGACUUGGUCGUCAGAGGCUAUUUGAGGCACACCUUCAUUCGGAGCAUUUAAUAGUUACUGGUAGCUUGUCCCCAUUACCAUCCCCAGUUAUAAUAACCUUAAGGAACCAACACUGGAGUGUCAGACAAUUAGAAUGGUAAACA